GACCGAGCGGGCGCGCCGCCGCCGCAGAGCCUCGCCCGGCGCGUCGCAGGCAGCGCAGCGGAGCGGGGCGCGGCGGGCAUGGAGGCGGCGGAGAAGGAGUGCGGGGCUCUGGGCGGCCUCUUCCAGGCCAUCGUCAACGACAUGAAGAGUUCCUACCCCGUCUGGGAAGAUUUCAACUCGAAAGCAACUAAGCUCCACUCUCAACUGCGGACCACCAUCUUAGCUGCAGUGGCCUUCCUGGAGGCUUUCCAGAAAGUGGCAGACGUGGCCACCAACGCAAGAGGAGCCACAAGGGACAUCGGCUCAGCGCUGACCCGGAUGUGCAUGCGUCACCGUAGCAUCGAGACCAAGCUGCGACAGUUCACCAGCGCCCUCAUGGAGAGCCUGAUCAGCCCUCUGCAGGAGAGGAUCGAGGACUGGAAGAAAACCGCCAACCAGCUUGACAAGGACCAUGCGAAAGAAUACAAGCGAGCCCGCCAUGAGAUAAAGAAGAAGUCCUCUGACACGCUGAAACUGCAGAAGAAAGCACGCAAAGAGCUACUUGGCAAGGGGGACCUGCAGCCUCAGCUGGACAGCGCCCUUCAGGACGUGAAUGACAUGCACCUCCUGCUGGAGGAGACGGAGAAGCAAGCGGUCCGCAAGGCGCUCAUUGAGGAACGGGGGCGGUUCUGCACCUUCGUCAGGUGCCUGCAGCCUGUGGUGAACGGAGAGAUCACCAUGCUGGGAGAGAUCACCCACCUUCAGGGCAUCAUUGAUGAUCUGGUGCUGCUGACAGCAGACCCACAUAAACUGCCAACGGCCAGUGAGCAGGUGAUCAAAGAUCUGAAGGGCUCUGAUUACAGCUGGUCUUACCAAACCCCUCCAUCCUCCCCCAGCAGCUCAGGAUCCCGCAAAUCCAGCAUGUGCAGGGAAGCCCUUGUGACUCCCUGGAUGCCCAGCAUCUCACCCAGUUUCAUGUCUUGCUCCCAUAGCCUGGCACAACCAGUAAAUGCCAACACCCGCCUGUCCAGUGUCUCGUCACAUGACUCGGGCUUCAUCUCACAGGAUGCCAUGUUCUCCAAGCCUCCUUCGCCAAUGCCCUUGGACAUCACCAGUCAGAAAUCCUCCAGUUCUGCAUCGUCUGAGGCCUCUGAAACUUGCCAGUCUGUUAGCGAAUGCAACUCCCCAACCUCGGACUGGUCCAAGCUCCCCCUCUAUGAGCAGCCAGUGGUAAACACCCUGCAGCGAAGAAGGGAUCGUGCGGAGCUUCUCCGCGAGGCAGAGCCAGGCCCUGCCCCCCUGAUGUAUCCAGGGCUUGGCUUGGAGGACGGGCCCAGGCCUCGCAUGUCCCCCGCCUCCAUUGCUGCCAAGCAUGGGGAGGAGAUGUCCCCCGCUGCCAGUGACUUGGCCAUGGUGCUGACCCACGGCCUGAGCCUGGAGCACCAGAAGAGCAGCCGGGAUUCACUGCAGUUCUCCAGUGGCUACAGCACGCAGACCACCACCCCAUCUUGCUCCGAGGACACCAUUCCCUCUCAAGGUUCAGAGUACGACUACUAUUCCGUGAAUGGUGACAUCGAAGGAGACAACCGGAAUGAAUUAGACAAAUCCUCAACCAUCCCUCGUAACAGUAACAUUGCUCAAAAUUAUCGGCGUAUGAUCCAGACCAAGCGACCCGCUUCAACUGCCGGCCUGCCCACCGGCACUGCCUUGCCAACUGGGGCCACGCCAGGAGUGGCCACCAUCCGUCGCACACCUUCUACCAAGCCCACAGUUCGCCGAACCGUUUCCAGCGUUGGUCCGAUUCCCAUCAGGCCACCCAUUGUCCCUGUCAAGCCCCCCACUGUGCCUGACUCGCCCGGUCGCGCUGGCCCUACUCGGAUGGGCAGCGAGGAAUGUGUCUUCUAUGCUGACGAGGCCUCUGCACCCCACAGCCUGGACUUCGCCAGAGCCUCCCCCAAGAGGUUGAGCCUGCCCAACACCACCUGGGGCAGCGACGGCCUGGAGAUCUCGGCGUACGCCGGGGCUGGGAAGCCCUCUGCGGAGGAGGAGCAGCAGCUGGCCGCCAACCGCCACAGCCUCGUGGAGAAGAUUGGUGAGCUGGUGGCCAGCGCUCACGCCCUGGGAGACGGCCAGUUCCCGUUCCCUACGGUGUUCUCAGACCCUGGUCCUGAGGAGCAGACCCCCAGCCCUCCUCCAGCUGCCUCCAGCGAGCCUCCCACUGAAGAUAUGCUGGUGGCCAUCCGCCGUGGUGUGCGCCUUCGCCGAACUGUCACCAACGAUAGGUCAGCGCCGCGGUUUUUGUGAUGAGCUCUGCCUGGCUGCUGAUGCCGAGCUCCUUGUGAGGCCAGAGGCACAAGCCCCAGGAAAGAGCUGGGAAUCGCAGAGGAGGCUCGGUGAACUGCCAGGAGGCCGAGCCCCCUUGCGGACCCUUGGGGUCAGGGUCCAGGUUUAAAAGGAGACUAAGCUGAAUGCCUUCCCUAAACAACGUGCAAGAGCUCCGCUGGUCAAAAACGCUUGGAGCCUGUUUUCUGCCUCGUUUUCCUUUCCCUUUCCCUUCCACACCUCCUCUCCAUCCAGCCCCAUCUACAACAAGGCGAGGAA